GGGGGGGGGGGGCAGUGGGAGCACAUUAUGGAAUUUUAGUUGACUCAGUUAAUAUAGUUUAGCGAUUAUAUUGAUGCAAGUGCGGGUCCGAUUAUUAAGAAUACAUAGGCGACAAUAGGAUCGAAAGGAGCAAACAGCAAAUAAAAUCUCAUUCACCCCCCCCCCCCCUAUUCGCGGGGCAUAGGUACCGCAUCGCCCCGCGAAUAGUGAAAAUCUUGUGCUGUCACCAAGAGGCUGUGACCAAGAAUUGGCAAAAUACAUGACAUCAUCCUCUGGGGAGGCCCUUCCUGUGAAGGGUGCAGAAGAGUUCAGAAGGUCACUGUCCAUUCAGUUGGCCUUGGUGGCACUCAUGGACAAGACGGGAUAUGAUAUUCUGCAGGAGAAUGGACAGAGAAAGUAUGGCGGACCGCCACCAAACUGGGAGGGUCCAGCGCCAUACAUUGACUGUGAGGUGUUUGUGGGAAACAUACCCAGAGACCUCUAUGAAGAUGAGCUCGUCCCUCUGUUCGAGACAGCUGGAACCAUCUACGAGCUGAGGCUGAUGAUGGAGUUUACCGGAGACAACCGUGGCUACGCCUUUGUCAUGUACACCAAAAGGGAGGAGGCCCUAAUAGCGAUCCAGAUGCUGAACAAAUAUGAGGUUCGUCCAGGGAAGUUUCUCGGCGUGUGCGCCACUCUCAAUAAUUGCCGCCUCUUCCUCGGCUGCAUUCCCAAAGACAAGAGUAAGGAGGAGAUCAUGGAGGAGAUCAAGAAGGUGACAGAUGGCCUUCGGGAUGUCACCGUGUGUUCAAGCUCCUCAGACGCCGGGAAACAUCGAGGCUUCGCCUUUUUGGAGUAUGAGACACACAAGGCGGCGGCAUUGGCCCGCAAGGAGUUAAUUGCUAUCAGGCACCUGUGGGGCCACACCCACUGGGUGAAUUGGGCCAAGCCGGACAAACACGGGAAGAGAGCAAACGCGCAGCACGUCACGGUUGCCCACGUGCGUAACCUUUCACCGAGCACCACGGAGGAAACACUUCAGCGCGAGUGUGAUCGCUUCAAAGCAGGUGCGGUGAUGCGCGUGAAGAAGUUGACCACCCACGCCUUCCUUCACUUUGGCCUCCACAAGGAUGCCGUAGCUGUCACCAGCAACAUGAAUGGCACCACCAUUGAUGGCAGCGUAGUGGAGGUGAGCCUCGUGAAGCCUCCUGCGGAAGAGGCGGGCAGGAGAUCCCGCCCUAAGAGCUGCCAGGGAAGCAAGACCGGAAGAGGAGCCAAGGAGAUGAUUGUCCCGCGCCACGGAGGCGUGAAUGAGUGCUCUCCUCAGCAAUCCUUGAAGACGCCCCCUUACUUCCAGUGGAAACCCCAGUAUGCUGUAGGACCAGGAAAACCCGACAAGGGCGUGUUCCCGCUUUUUCCCGGCACCCCGUUGUACCGCACCAGCCUGCUGCUCCUCCGACCCGAUCAGAUCAGAUCGGCUGUCAGCCUGCUGGACUUGUAUUGCUGUGUGCACAACUGGCCGCCCCCACAGUACAACCUCUUCUCUUUGCUGAGCCAGAAUGGGACCCUGCUGCUGGUCUACAAGGUGGUGAUGCCACUGACACAACAAUCCUUCAUGCCAGACAAGUUAUGUGUGCAGCUGGAUGAUGCUAAAGAGCUUGCUGCACAAAAUGCUCUGUGGAAUCUUGACGCAUUAUUUGUGAAUGAUUCGUCCAGUAGCCCAUCACCUAUGUCGUCUGAUGCUGCACCAAGUCCUGACCUGCUACGCUAGAACGUUCACCUCCUCUCUUGACCCAGCCUCUCUGCCUGUACACACACCUGACCCUGAGACCUCCAGAGGGACAGUGUGACUCCAGUGUAGUUCUUGUUCCGCUAUGCAUUCAGGCACGUUCAAAGGAGGUCCAGUAUAAUCUGUGCGUUCCAUAGGAAACAUGUUACACGGUCUUGUUCUCGUUGUUGUGUUUUGGUAUUCCAGAGAAAUAUGAAAUAAAAGUUAUUUAAAAAAAUGUAUUUGUUAAAAUGUCUUGGUAUGUGUCAAUGUCAGCCAGCAGGGGGCGACAUGCCAACAGUACUGCAUACUGUAUUAUAUGUAAAUUGUUACGACCCUUUCGUUGAGUGUGGCAGUGCUUGGAUCCAAUCGAGUCGGUGAUGAGGACCACCAAUCUUGAGAGGCGCUGCCGGAGAUACCCAUGCAAGGACCAGCUCGCACAGAUUCACAUGCAGAGUCUUAAAAACCAGGUGGGCUAAUUAACAUCAUGAUGCUCUGUGUGUCUCAUUGGUAAUUGGAUAUGAUUGGAAACUGAUUUUUAAAAUAGAAAAAGAACUCUCUUAUAUUUUCGUUUUAAUAUAGAAACACAAAUAUUGAAAU